CAACUCCACCAACUCCAUGCCCACACCACCACCACCACCACCACCACCGUCACCCUCUCCAAUAUCCUAACCAGCCUCUUACGCGCCUUCAUCUCCCUACUCAAACCCUCCUCCUCGGCUCCUCCAACUUCCACCUCACUCAGCCAUGCCGUCUCUCUCUCCCACCUCAUCCCUAACCCAACCACAUUCUCCUACAACAACCUCAUCAGAGCCCACACCCUCCUCUCCUCCCCUCUCCAAGCCCUCCACCUCUUCUUUUCCCUGCGCCGAUUUUCGCUCCCCCCAGACUUCCACACCUUCCCAUUUGCUCUCAAAGCCUGCGCCCAGCUCGCCUCUUCUUCAUUCUCCACCACCCAGACACUCCAUUCCCAAGUAAUCAAGUUCGGUCUCGCCUCGCAUUCGUUUGUCUCCAACUCCCUCAUUCAUGUCUACUCACUCUGCCGGAGUCUGGACCAUGCACGUCAGGUGUUCGACGAAAGUCCCCAUAGGGACUUGGUCUCGUACAAUGCGAUGCUCGACGCGUUUGUUAAGGGAGGUUCAAUGAGCCUUGCGCGCCAGGUGUUCGAUGAAAUGCCCGAGAGGGACUCUGUUACGUGGGGGACUGUUUUGGCCGGGUAUGCACAGACGAAUCAAUGCGAGGCAGCGAUUGAGCUGUUUGAUCAGAUGAUGGAGUCGGAAAUUAGGCCGGAUGAUAUCUGCUUGGUCUCUGCUCUCUCAGCUUGUGCGCAGCUGGGUGAUUUGGAGCGAGGGAGAAGCAUCCAUGAGUAUGUUAAACGAAACAGGACUAGACUGAGUUCGUAUUUUUUGACAGCAUUGGUGGACUUGUAUGCGAAAUGUGGCUGCAUUGAGACUGCUGUGGAGAUUUUCGAGUCGAGCUCUGGCAAGAAUGUGUUCAUUUGGAAUGCAAUGCUUGUGGGGCUCGCAACGCAUGGUCAUGCCCACCAAUCAUUAUAGUACUUCUGCAGAAUGAUAGAAGCUGGAGUUAAUCCUGAUGGGAUUAGCUUCUUGGGAGUUUUGGUGGGUUGCAGCCAUGGUGGGAAAGUAGAUGAAGCACGAAAGCUUUUCGACGAAAUGGUCGUUUAUGGGGUUCCUCGAGAGCUGAAGCAUUAUGGGUGCAUGGCUGAUCUGCUUGGAAGAGCAGGGUUGAUCAAGGAAGCUAUGGAGAUGAUAGAGAAGAUGCCGAUGGGUGGGGUGGUUUAUUGGAGGGGUUGCAACAUACAUGCAAAGAAAGCAGCAGAGCAAGUGAUGAUGGAGUUGGACCCCGAAGAUGGUGGCGCGUAUUCAAUCAUGACUAGUGUUCAUGCCAAUGCAGAGAAAUGGGAUGAUGUGGUGAAAACUAGAAAGUCCAUAAGUUCUAAUAAGAGGGUGAAGAAGAACUCGGGUUGUAGUUUGAUUAGGUUGAAUGGAGCCAACCAUGAGUUUCUUGCAGGGGAUAGCUUACAUCCUCAAACAGAAGCAAUAUAUUUGAUCUUGGACGGACUUUGGAAACAUCAAUUUGAAUCAUGUUAGGGCUGAAGGAGUUAGAUAAAGCUACGCCAACGUGUUGCUUCAAGAGGGUUCUAUGCCACAUUCGACACUCUAUGACUUUGGCAUCUGUCCCUUUGGGUUCUGAACAGUGAUACGUGGCUCCAGAACACUCUACCUGUUUCAGUAACUGUAGCAGUCCAUCCUAUAACUACAAGUAAAACCUCUAUCCAAUAGCAGUUGGAAGCAAGUUAAGAAUCACUUUCUGCCACUGUGAUAUACUGUUGGUUUUCAAGACUGGUUUCGAAGUGCUGAAGUUCAUGGCUUUUAGAUCAAUGAAUCAGUGGCAACGAGUGGUGAGUGGCUUAAGAGGAUAUGCAACCUCAACCUUACCAAAGACGAGAGCUUAUAACCCAACUGCUAAUUUCGCAGAGCAACAGAGCAGUAAGAAGCCCAGGGGUGAUUUUGUGCCCGUGUAUGUAGCUGUUGGGAUGAUUACAGUAUCAGUGGCGCUGGGACUCCACACGGCCAAGCAACAGCUCUUCCACAACCCCAACGUCUUUGUGAAGAAGCAGAGGCGGGAGAUGCUGCCGGAGGUAGUGGAGCCUGAUCGUGUGGUAAAGGACGCCGAUGAGUUUGUUAACAAAUCCUUUUUCAGGAAGGUAGCUCAUGUUCAGGACUUUGACAGCCCCGUAGCAUCUGACCCUAUUCUUGGAGAUGUUUAUGCUCAUCGGCCUCGUGCCGUGACUCUGAAAGAUGCAGGAGUAGAUCCUAAAGAGGUCGCAGAAGCACUAGAUCCUCGCUAUCGUGCUAGACCCGGAGAAGACCCGAAACAGGUCGUGGAACAAGAUACUAAAGCAGCAGCUGCUUAAUGGAAUUACAAGCACACGUUUCUCUCUUUCUCCUGGAAUUUAGUUUGCCACUUUCUGAUCUUUUUUGGCUUGUAUGGUUUUAUAAAGACUACCAUUUUACAAUGGAGGAAUAGGGGAGUUCCUCCAUUUUGUAUGAUAGUGUCAUAGUGGUGGUCUAGUUACUUCAACUCUUUUCAAUGUGCACAGAAGCUCCUUCCAGUUGGAAAAAAUAAAGCAAAGCUAUUUAACAGUUUAGCAC